GUCACCACAAAAUCAUCUGCUACAACACGAGGUCGGGUGCGAGGUCGAGGACAGGGCCGCACGCGUGCUAAUCGCAAAAAUGGUUCAAAGAUAUCCCAUGAGGCCUUGAGCUCUAUUGAUGCAGCCGACAAUAGCAAUAAUGAAAACAGCCAUGAUUAUAAGAAUGAAUCGCAAUCCGAGAAAAAUGAAUCAGGCCAUGUAGAUCAGGUCGAGCACGUUGAUCACGACUCUAAUGGAGCAUCACAAUUGCAAUCUGAUCAACCUUUUGUCGCAACGGAGCAAGACAGUGCGGAUACGCAAACAAUAGGCAAUAUGGCGAAUGAAACCAUGGACAAACACAGCAACAAGGGUUCGCAGGUUGAAUUAGCGGGCUCUGGUAGUCAAGAUGAUCAAAGUAUUACUAAUGGUAUCAACAUAAUUCAGGAUCUAAAGCUACCAGGAGAUACUAGCGAACCAAUGCCUGGAACCGUAAACGAAGCCACUGUUUCAACUUCGCAUGCUAAAGUAUUUUUCAGUGAAGAGCAUUAUAACAAACUUUCGGUUGGCGGCAUAGGGAGAUUAACUGAGCAGUUUAUACAAAAGAAGCGUCAGUUUCAAGAGAUACAACCAUCUAGACCCAUGCCACACACUGAUGUUGAGGGUGACACUUCCACAAAGAAGCAGAGGGCUUCAAAGUGGAUAAGGCCAUCAAUAUCGAACGAAGGCAUAUUGUAUAGCAAUACGACUAAGCCAACGGGCUCCACUCUAAAGAUAGAUAAUGGGCCAGAUCAAAAGAUUACAUCUUCUUCGGAGUUAGUGGCCUCAACCACAGGCAAAUUUGACAUUAUUGAUUUGAUGGCGUCUGUCUCGUCAUACGUUCCUGAGAUUGCCUCGGUUUUCCACAGUACUGAUCCAAAACAAGCUAAUAGUGAAUUUCAACAGCAAAAACCACAGCAACCAGAGCAGCCAGGGCUUUUACAAAUGUUGCCUCCUAAGGAUCGGUUUUACCACCCAUGUAUUUAUUCACACGAACACCGUUCGACUUUGACACGCGAGGAACACUGCCGGUACAUAAUGUAUGAUAGUAUUAUCCGUGGAUUGCAUAAGCAUGGGGGUGUAUUGCAAUUAGGAUCGGAAGAUCGAGAGCUCUGGACUUCUCUACAAGAGAGGGUGAAUCAAGAGCGGCAGAGUGUGCGUCAAUGGAACGCUGAGACCGUGAGGGCCAGGAUCGCUAGCUAUUCAAAUGUGGCUAUCCAGGCUGCAUUGGAGACAAAGUUCCUACGUGCAAGGAGGAGAGUACUAGAAGAAUAUCCUCGACGCUACGACUUUAUUCAGUCCAUUGGGUUGCGGCUUCCUGGUGUACCUUCAGUGAAGGAGCCUACUUUGAGCAGGAAAAAGGCAAAUGUGAUCGCGCCACCAGGAGGGCUGGACAAACCACAGAGCAAUUCAGUAGAAGAACCACACCCUCGCGGGCUUUUGAAGAGGACAGGGAAAGUUUGCCCAGUUUCUUUAGCAAAGCCAAUCUGGCCUACAGAUGAGAAUGGAGUACCAUAUGAAAAGUCAAUUGAUAUCAAUGGCCGGUAUUGGAGUCAGUCUGGAGAGUCGUCGACUUCCCAAAAAGCAUCGAAUGGACUGCGGGAUAACAGACGCAUCCACCUACCAAGCACAUCUCCUGCACCAUCAGUAUCCAAGGAUCCAACCAUUAAGCACUUUGUCAAGGAGCAAAAUAUCCAUAUUGCAUUUGCUGCAAGUGCAUUAGUGACACUGGCGGAGACCUUGCCUAGCCUUGCGUCCGAAUGGGAGAUCCCUGUGAAAGUUGUACUCGAGGAAGAUCACGAAGGAGUGAUGCAGAAGCGGGUUUAUGUCGACAAGCCAUUGAUUCGCAAACGGAUGUCAGCGUUAGAGAUGACCCAAGCAUUUUACAACGGUGCACUUAAAAAGCUUUCUUUGAUAGCUACUUCAUCAACAGACGCUGCUAUUCUUUCAUCACCUCUGAAGGAGCAUAUCACACUUCCCUCUUCAACUUCUUCAGAACAGGAUCGCAGCGAGAAUGCUGGAAAAAUAGCUUUAGAGCAUGGGCCCACAGUGCCACUGGAUCAUAGUGAAUCGACGCCUCCUAUCUCGUCCCAACAGGCAGACAAAGGAUCACUUAAAAACCCUGCUAACGCUGGGGAUGCAGAGCAAAAUCAUUCAAAGAUGAUGACGGGGAGAGAGGAUAAAGAUGAAAAUAAGGAUAAAGAUGAGGAUAAGGAUAUGAACAUGGAUAUUGAUGAUGAGGAAGAGGGUGUUUUGGGGAGUCAGGCUGGUGCAGUUUCUUCCGAUGAAUAUGCCAAUGACGGAUUUGACUAUUCACUUUGGACAUUUGGAGAUACGAGAAUCCUGAUCCGAAGCCGCAUCCACGGAUAUCUCGAUAAUACAGCGCCAUGUAGGCAGGUAGUCCUUAAAUCUAUUUUAGAUUAUGCGCCAGAGAUUGGCCUGUCUCUUCCAAGUAAAUCAACUAUGGCCGGUUGGUGGAUGGCAACAUGGAUUCGUGAUGAUCGGCUUGUCGCUCUAGGACGCGUAGAUGUUUCUAAAAACCAAUUUGUACGGUAUAUGGACCCAAAGAGCAUUGACUCAGCACAUAGCUCAAAUCCAGAGAAUCCGUUAGGCGCAACGUUUAGUGACUUGCCUGCGAUAUCGAUUGUGGAUGCAAGUACAUUGCGCGUGCAAGAGCGUGAAAUUCAAGAUUGGAUUAAGCCUAAUAUGCGAUCAAUCCAUUAUGUCAUCGGAAAGUUAAUACAACUUAGGCCAGGCCAGUAUAUCCUGGGACAUAAGAGGUCUGAUAUUAACGCCAAUAUCUACAAGGCGGUAGAGGAGGGAUUCGAUGAGUCUAAUCUAUCGCAUGACUCUAUUAAAGAGAAUAAGGGGGUCACUAAGGGAGGAACAGCUGUAUCAAAAGGCCAAUAUGAUCUACAUGCAGCUCACCAAAGCUCGCCACAGCUAUUGAACGAGAAUAACACAGACAUCAGUGGAGCUGGAGGAGCAGGGUUAAAUGACGACGACCUGCAGCUGCAGUGGGUCGGCACUCCAGACCAAAUCCUAGGCACCUUUCCAUAUGAAGUAGAGCCAGAGCCUGUUCACGUUAGUAUGCAUGACUCACGAAGGGGUCGUGGGAGAGCAGUAGGCAAGCGCAGUCGUGCAAAGAAGAAUGGACAGAACAAUUAGUAUAUACAUAAUUUAAUUAUGCACAGUGGCGCAGUCUGAACGGUGUGACGGUGGGAUGAAACAACAAAACCGCGAUCACUCUGCCAUUCUUACAU